AAGAUGUCCGGUAGUAUCGACCCCUCAAUUCCUCCCUUCCGGUACACACUGACAGCUUCCCCAGACGGUGAAAUAUGGGACCACACUGACGACACCAACAAAUUCCAGAAGUUUGGUUGGAGGACCACAACCACGGAAAACGCUUACGAGACUAAAACUAGGAUAGGCAACUGGAACGAAAGGUGUUUUGGUAUUGAUGAGAUACAAAAGAAACAUCAACCUAAAUCUCAGUACGGGCACUACUUUGAAUCAACUCAGAAAGUUAUGACCUCUGCAGUAAAGGCUCCCGACUAUCCUGACUCAAUUAAGUAUCUUUUAAGGAAGGAAGCGACAGCGUUUCCAUGUCACCAGCCAGAGUUGUGUAGUGAUUACACAAACCAGCUGCUUAGUGACAUGUACAAAACCAACACUUCAAGCAACUACUGCAAGCACGCUAUCUCGACCCCAGCUGAAGCUAAAGAAGAAGGAGAACAGUCCUAAUUACCAGAUUUGUAUUCCUCCCAAGUACCAACCCUGGCCUCACACCUUUCAUACGUUUUAAAAUGACUGAUAGCGUGUUGCCAGUUUUUGAAUUUUCAUAAAACUGGCAGACACCAGACAGGGGUGUAGGAAUGAUUUUCUUCAUGGGGGGGCCAAAUUCUAAAUAUUUUUUGGCGCUUCGCGCCAAAGCCUGAAUUGUGAGGGUAAGGUCGGAUAAAAGGAAAUUGCAGCAUGUGCGGCAUCGCGAUUUUUUCACGUUUCCGCAACAAAUCGCGAUUUUUUAGAUCCUGGCCUCACGACAAAUCGCGAUUUUUUUCAGUUCUUCGCGUCAAAUUGCGCAUUUUCCUUCAAAUCUGAGGACCAAAUUUGCGUACUUUCUUUCAAAUCUGUGGGCCAAAUAUCACGU